AUGUCCGAGCUCAUGGCCAAAUUAUUCGACCCAGACAACCAAGUCCGCAAAGACGCUGAAAAUGAAUUUAUGAAUCAUUGGCUUGCACAGCAACCAGAACAGACAAUGCUUGCUUUAGCAGAGUUGUGUCGCACCCACCCUGCUCCCGAGGUGCGCAGCUUCAUAAGCGUAAUGAUUCGUCGUCAUCUCGACUUUGAACUCCCACCUUUACCGGCGACUGGUCCGUCCACCUCCCAUGUUCUGCCUCGGACAUUGUACUCCAACCUCUCGGCCCCUGUGCUUGCGCUGUUCCAGUUGACCCUCCUGCAUGCGCUGGAUACGGAGCCAAUACCGACUUGCAGGCGCAAAUUGGUCAGCGCGAUAGCGAGGCUCGUAGAGCAUGGACUCGAGAUGGGGAGGCAUUGGAAUGAGCUAGUGAAAUGGUUGUCGAACAAUGCGCAAGGAGUGGGGGAACUUGCAGCGGAGAAGCGCCGAGACGCGUUUGGCAUUUUGGCAGAGGCGCCAGCUAUCAUCAGCGAUUUCGACGAGAACGCUGUUGGGGCGCUCCUCGAGAGCGGCCUAAAGGAUCUGAACGUGGACGUACGACUGAUUUCGCUUGAAGCAACCGUUGCCUAUUUGUCUCUGCCGACUUUACCUGGAACUGCAUCUGCCUUAUUUUCGUUGGCUCUGAACACUCUCGCGUCCAUGCCAAAGGAUCAUCUACCAUUGGCUCUCCAAACCUUUAUACCGUUUGCAAGCUCUCGUCCCAAGCUCUUUACCCCUCAUCUCGCACAGCUGCUCUCCUUUGUACUGUCUUUCUUCGGGCCGGGUCCCACUACACCAACUCCUAUGAACCCCACUCUCAUGCUUGACGAUGACCGUGAGCAAGCACAAAGCGCGGGACUUGAAUUAUUAGUAUCACUGUCCGAGUCUGCAUCCGCACAAUGCAAGAAAGUUCCAGGUUGGACAGCAUCGAUAUUGCGCAUAUGCAUGGAAGGCAUGUCAGGUGAGCAGCUUGAAGAAUGGGAAGACUGGGAGACUAGCGAGCCGCAAGAUGAUGAGGACCAUAGCUAUCCUCUUGCCUUCGAACAGGCUAUAGAUCGAUUGACUAUUUGCGGUAAAAUCGUAGUCCCGGCGACCUUUCAAUAUGUACCGCAGAUGCUGCAAAGUGCGGAGUGGAAGCAACGACAUGCAGGAUUAAUGGCCAUGGCCAGCUUGGGAGAAGGCGGAUCAGCUGUGCUGAAGCAAGAGCUAGGAACUAUUGUGAAUUUCAUUGCAAAUGCGUUCGGCGAUCAGGAGGGCCGUGUUCGCUUUGCAGCUUGCCAGUGUCUAGGUCAACUCUGCACCGACAUGGACGGUGCCAUACAGCAAGAUUAUCAUGCCACCAUCCUACCUAUCCUUGUCAGAGCGUUGCGUGAUCCUGUCGCACGCGUACAUGCACACACCGCGUCCGCUUUGAUAAACUUCUGUGAGGGUGUUCCCAAAAACAUUCUGGCGCCUUAUCUACCAGACCUCGUAUCUGCGCUGGCGGCGUUAUUGAGUGAUAAUGAGCAGAGGUAUGUUCAAGAGCAAGCAUUGACGACCCUGGCGAUGGUGGCGGACGCAGCCGCAGAAUUGUUCAGUCAGUUUUAUGGCUCAGUGAUGCCCGUGCUCGUCCAUGUCAUGCAAAAUGCCAAGGCUAAGGAAUAUCGAUUGCUGCGAGCAAAAGCCAUGGAAUGUGCCGGCCUGAUAGCUGUUGCCGUCGGCAAGGACCGCUUCACUCCGGAUGCACACCAAUUCUGCGAAUUGCUUGUCCACAUGCAGAAUGAGCAACACGAUGAUGAUGAUCCUGCCGUACAGUACCUCAUGGGCACGUGGUCUAAAGUGUGCCAGACGCUUGGUCAAGAUUUCGAACCUUACCUGCCCUAUGCCAUGCCCGGUCUCCUUCAUGCUGCCGCUCUGAAACCGGAAAUAAGGGUGUUUUACGAGAAUGACACGGCUGACUUUGAUUCGUAUUCAAUCAUCGAGCUGGGUGGACAAGAAAUAGGCAUCAAGACCGCGUUGCUGGAAGAAAAAAGUAUCGCAUUCCAGAAUCUUGCCAUAUACGCGGCUCAACUCGGCCCGAAGUUCUCGCCGUAUUUGCCUCAAUCACUCGAAUUGGCUAUUCCUGGUCUGUCUUUCGUCCUGCAUGAGGGAGUGCGAGAAGCUGCGGCAAUGAUGAUCCCUCAGCUGCUGCGGUGCGCCCAGCAAUGCAAUCAGCUUUCCAGCGCCAUGAUUCGUGGCGUUUUCCAAUCUCUGGUGAAGGCAAUGCAAACUGAGACCGACCCAGCAUAUCUUCAAUCUCUCUACACCAGCUUUGCCCAUUCAAUGAAAGUUCUGGGUGGGUCCGGUGCUGUUGACGCCGACGUUUUGAAGACCUUCUUUGAUGCAACACAAACUCAACUCCAUGACAUGGGAGACCGAAGGCGGCUACGCGAACAACGAGUCAAAAAGGAAAACAUCCCAGCCGAUGAGCAGUUUGACCUAGAGCUUGUAGAAGAAAGUGAGGACUCCGCAUUGACUCAAAUGGCUGCCGCCAUUGAGCAAAUAGAUUCCUCACACCAGUUUCUCCUCGUUAUCGCUCAUAUCAGGGAGCUUGCUAUCUCUUGGACCAGUGAUGAGGAGUAA